CAGCUUACCAACACAACAGUUUCCGAGCUGGUGAUCGAACAUUUUCGUUGUUAUUUUUCCACGGAAGCAAACUGAUCAAGGUCCUAACGAUAUCACAGUGUUGGAGCUAUUGUUGAGUCAUUUCGGCGAGCGUAAGACGACACCUUGUUGUGUUUUGUUUAUUUGAAUGUGAGUUGGCGCCAGCCUGGCGCCUUCGCUCCCCUUGAUAGAUUUGCCACGGUUUCGACUGCAGCGGUCCAACCUCACAGUUUUGAAGUACUAAAAGUUCGUCUAAAACCAAAGAAAGGAGACAACUAGUACGCUAGAAGCAGUCCGAGCUAUUAGACUUUGCUCGGAGGCGUAAAUACGGCCGAAAAGAGCGAUACUAGUUCAUCGAACAUGUCUUCAAUGGCGUCCCUGUUUUCUUUCACACCGCCCGCAGUUAAGCGGCUUUUAGGUUGGAAACAGGGCGAUGAAGAAGAAAAGUGGGCUGAAAAAGCUAUCGAAUCGUUAGUAAAGAAGCUAAAAAAGAAGAAGGGUGCCUUGGAAGAUCUAGAGAAGGCGCUAUCGAACCCAAAUCAACAGUCGAAAUGCGUGACGAUCGCACGAAGUUUAGACGGGAGGCUACAAGUAUCGCAUCGCAAAGGCCUUCCACAUGUAAUCUACUGUCGUGUUUGGAGAUGGCCCGAUCUACAGAGCCACCACGAGCUAAAGCCUUUAGAAUGCUGCGAGUAUGCGUUUGGCUUAAAACAGAAGGAAGUUUGCAUAAAUCCCUACCACUAUCACCGAGUCGAAAGUCCAGUUUUGCCUCCCGUUUUAGUACCUCGACAAAGCGAAUACCCUCGGCCACCACCGCCGUUACCGCCACCAUUUCGAGCAACUGAUGACCCUCCGAUGCCUUAUAACGCAUCCUUUCCCUUCACCAAUCGACAAAACACCUCGGAACAAAGCCCUUCAUUCGAUAUGGCUGAUUCGGGUGCUGGAUAUAUGUCAGAAGAUGGGGGUUCCCCAAGGCCUGAGCCAAAUGCCAUGGAUGUCGAUCCAGUUAACUCCCCACCAAGUAUAAGUCAGUCGGCAGCAACCAGUUCUUUUGGUCAGCCAUUUGGCAAAGAAGUUUCUAAUAUUGUAAAAGAAGCCAUGUCCCAUGUGACCGCCGUCAACUACCAAGAGCCCCUGUCCUGGUGCUCCAUCGCGUACUACGAGCUGAACAACCGAGUUGGGGAGCUCUUCCAUGCAAAGAGCACAAGUCUCAUUGUCGACGGCUUCACUGACCCCAAUACAACCAACUCCGAACGCUUCUGCCUGGGACUGCUCUCCAACGUGAACAGAAACUCGACUAUCGAGAACACGCGAAGGCACAUUGGCAAGGGCGUCCACUUGUACUACGUGGGCGGGGAAGUUUACGCAGAGUGUCUUAGUGAUUCAGCCAUCUUUGUGCAAAGCAGAAAUUGUAACCACAGCCAUGGGUUCCAUCCCACGACUGUCUGCAAAAUACCAAGCGGCUGCACCCUAAAGAUCUUCAACAACCAGGAGUUUGCACAGCUCCUGUCCCAGUCAGUGAACUAUGGUUUUGAGGCCGUCUAUGAGCUGACCAAGAUGUGCAGUAUUAGAAUCAGCUUCGUGAAGGGCUGGGGUGCAGAGUACCACCGCCAGGAUGUGACAAGUACGCCCUGCUGGAUUGAAGUCCACCUUCACGGGCCACUGCAGUGGUUAGAUAAAGUGCUAAGCCAAAUGGGCUCACCCCGUAACCCCAUCUCCUCGGUAUCGUAGACUAGCCGCUUUUCACUAACUCAACACAUACCCUCAUGCCUUGUCCGCAUUGCCCCCUCUGAGGGCGAAGUAAGGAAGCUAGCAAAAUCACACACUGGUUUGAUUUGUUUUAGUUCCAUGUCUUUAGCUCCGACGUUGGCAAUGGGAUCAAGAGCUCGGCACGGUACAAAAAUUAUGUUCGAUACCGUACGGGUGACAAACCAGCAGUCACAUAACAUGCUUAAUCUACACUACACAGGAAACCUUCCACAAAGCUUGCUUUGUUGACUUUCACCGAGCCGUAUAGUGAUGUUGGUUUUAAGGCUGGUGUUCCCGUUUAGUUGCGUAUGGCUUGUUUAUAGCAUCGCUUUUGGGUGUUCUGUUGCUGCUCCCAAAUCCUUCCUGCCACAAUUUAAACAUCAGAUUCGAGAUCUGCCCAAUCAAAAACCGUCUUGUUUAAUUUCAAACGCUUUGAUUUUGAGGGCUGUGGAUCACAUUUUAGUCACCCUUCGGCAAAGCAUGUAACACAAAUGCAUGCCAGUACUGUAGCUCGAACACUUUCUGAAAGCUUUCGAAGAGACGCUUAUUUUUAUCGAUAUACAGUAGUGAAAUUCAGUUUAAGCAGAAAAGUAGAAGCCUCAUUUCAUUUGAUAGUUCCAUUAGAAACAAUAGCCUCUGAAAUGUGCUACACCGAGGGUGCUAGAAAAAGUGAAUAUGUUAGAUUUAUGUAUUAGGGAAGUGUUUGUAAUGGGUCAUCUCUUGACUUCUUGGGUUAGGCCUCAGCACUAAGAUAAAUCUGAUUAUUACUUAAA